CUCUCCCAUUCCGUUUCUCUUGGUGGACGGACGCCGCGCUGUGCAGAUCUAUUCUUCCAUUAUUGUGAAAAUUGCGUGCACCUCUCACCUUGAUAAAUUAUCGUGAACAUUGUGAUAGUCUCCCUGGCUCUGUGGCCCUCGAGUUGAUUAAUUAUUCGAUAGAAGACGUUGAAAUGGCCACCGAGAACGCGAACAAAGUAGACACCAAACCACCACAAGAGAACAAUGACGAAAAUAAUAUCAGACCCGGUGGUGGACAAGGUGGUGGAGGUGGUGGCGGAGGAGGUCGAGGUGGUCGUGGACGGAAAAAUUCGCGAUUUUCCGGCGGUCGUGGCGGUGGCCAAGGAGGUGGUGGUGGGCCACGAAAUGAUAUGCAGAUGAAGAUGAGUGAGUCAAUGAUGGAGGGGAACAUGAUGGACUCGAGUAUGAUGCAAGAUAACAAGGAGAGAAUGGGUGGGAAUAAUGGGCCCAUGGGUGGACGAGGGGGUGGUAUGCGUGGCGGUCGUGGUGGUGGCCGUGGCGGCGGUGGAGAUCGAGGCAUGGGGAACCGAUCACAAGAUGACCGAAUAAUGGAGAAAUUAAUGAGCAUCAAUGGCCCAACCUUCGAGCUUGCGGCACAGGAUACAACAGAGAAAAAAUUCAGUGGACGAAACCGUCUCUAUGUGGGGAAUCUCUCCAAUGACAUCAACGAGGAAGAAAUUACGAACCUGUUCACACCAUUCGGUGAAAUUUCUGAAUUAUUUGUCAACAAGGAGAAAAAUUUCGCUUUUCUACGAAUGGAUUACAGAGCUAAUGCAGAGAAAGCAAAGCGCGAGUUGGACGGCAUGAAGAGGGGGGCGAGAGCAAUGAAGGUCAGGUUUGCCCCGCAUUCAUCAGCAAUUAAAGUGAAAAACCUCACACCACACGUAUCCAACGAACUUUUGGAGAAAUCAUUCAGUGUUUUCGGCGACAUUGAAAGGGCUAUUGUUGUCGUUGAUGACAGGGGACGUCCGACUGGGGAGGGUAUCGUAGAGUUCGCCAAGAAACCAUCAGCACAGACUGCUAUUCGUAAAUGCACAGACAGCUGUUUCUUCCUCACUGCAUCGUUGCGGCCAGUCGUGGUAGAACCAUUUGAACAACAAGAUGACAUAGAUGGUUAUCCAGACAAAAACAUCCAAAAGAAACCAGAGUACUAUAAAGCCCGUGAUGUUGGGCCCAGAUUUGCACAACUUGGUAGCUUUGAACAUGAGUAUGGUACUAGGUGGAAGCAGCUUCAUGAAUUGUAUAAACAGAAAGAGGAAGCUCUCAAGAGAGAGAUGGUUAUGGAGGAGGAAAAGUUAGAGGCUCAAAUGGAGUUUGCAAGAUACGAGCAUGAGACUGAAUUACUCCGAGAACAAUUGAGAAUGAGAGAGGCAGAUCGUGAACGCCAGAAACGGGAAUGGGAAAUGAAGGAGCGUCAUGCUGAAGAACAGAGGUCACGUGAGGAGGAAGUACGGAGACGUCAACAAGAGGAGAUGACACUCCGUAUUCACCGCCAAGAGGAGGAGUUACACAGACGUCAGCAGGAGAAUAAUUUGUUUAUGCAGGAGCAGGCAAUGCGAGGUUCUGGUAAUAAGAACUACGAUGGGGUUCAGAACAAUGAUCGUGAUGGUUACAAUGGUCCUGAUGGUGGAAACAACUUGCCAGUGGAUCCUAAGUCAUUUAUGGAUGCAUAUAACAAUAUGGACCGCGCUACUCGCGGUGGGGGUUACAAUGACGAACGUGUUGGACCGAUAAUGGAUUUGAUGGAUAUGAGGGUUGAUAUGGGCAACAUGGGUAAUAAUCGUGGAAACAAUGGUGGUGGUGGUGGUGGUGGUGGAAAUGCAGGUGCAGGAGGUAUUGGCGGUGCCGGUCGUUGGCAGGGUGCUAAUGACCGCAACCGCCAGGAAGAUUAUCCUAACAAAAGGAGACGCUACUGAAUAAUCAGUAAUAGAAUUUAUUCACCUCUUAUCCAACAAAAAUAAACAACACCAGACCAUUGAAUAACUAAUCCCUCCUCACAGAAACAAUCAUUUGAAUUUAUUUUAAUGAAUUGACAUUUUACUUCACUGAUUUUACAACAUGUAAAUUGAUGACGUGACGUGUGGUGUAACGAGUAUUUUUCAUUACUCGGUGCGCUUGGUUCCAUCUUAAAUUAAUCAGAUUCACCCUGGAGUGUCCGAAGCGGAUGAUAAAUUUGAUAUAUUUUGUUUUCAUGUGAGGAAUAUUCUCAUUCUCAUUUUAGUUGUAUUUCAUCGCACAAUGAAAGCAUAUACUUGAGCUUAUGUGUAUGAUAUUCAAGCUAAUUCUCAAUUGUAUCAUUUACAAUUACUUUGAAAAUUUGUUCUCUGUAGACAAUAGAAAACGUUUACCCAGAA